AUGACUACCACCAACCUCACAGAGCUUGACGCCCAUGAGCAGCCCUCGGAUGAAAUGCGGGCGGAGUGGAAGAGCUUCAUGCGUCAAGACCAGAAAAGCCUCCUCGAUGACCCUCGCAUUGAUGAUCCUCGCGCUCCGCUGGAAAAGUCUGGCUUCCGUACAGUCACGACACUUUCAAGAGCGCAGAUUGCAAGCAGCUUCGCUCACCUGAAUCCUGACCUUGCCUCUGAAGCCGAAGGCGACGUCUCCGUUAUUCAUCAUCCCCUGAUACCGGGCCUUCUUAUCCUUCCAUCGCUACUCCCGCCGAUGGUGCAGAGGGAUCUGUUGGACCGUCUAGUACAUCGCGAUCUAAGUAACCCGAAGCAUCAGACCAACCUCCAUCUCCAUUAUGACCUCCCAUACCCAGAAGGUCAGCAAGAUGACGAAACGUCGUUCUUCGCCCUUCACCCAGAUAGUCCCGCCUCAUUCAUCCCCAAAGACCCCAACGUCCACAAACCACUCUCCAUCAAACAGGUUUUGCAACGAAAACUGCACUGGGUCACGCUGGGUGGCCAAUACGAUUGGACAAACCGCGUGUACCCUGACCAAUUGCCUCCUCAGUUUCCCGACGACAUCUCCCGCUUCCUGGAGGGUCUCUUUCCCGAGACGGUCGCCCAGGCGGCCAUUCUCAACUUUUACACCCCGGGAGACACCAUGAUGAUGCAUCGGGACGUCAGCGAGGAGACCGACAAGGGCCUCAUUAGCCUUAGUCUGGGCUGUGAUGGCCUCUUCAUGAUCGCACCGAAUGCCGCCCAGCCGCCGAAGAGCGAAGUAGCUGGUCACAAGGAGUACUUGCUGUUGAGGUUGAGAUCCGGAGACGCCAUCUACAUGACUCAGGAAUCCAGAUCUGCCUGGCAUGGAGUGCCAAAAGUGCUCAAGGGCACAUGCCCUGGCUACCUAGAGGAUUGGCCGGCUCGCGAGGAUGGCAAGUUUGAUGAGUGGAAGGGAUGGAUGAAAAGCAAGAGGAUCAACCUCAAUGUUCGGCAAAUGAAAGAUUAA